AUGGGCGGGCGGUUACCUACAUUGGUAGAGGCCUUUGACAAGCGCAAAGCCAUGCAAAACUGGUCUCUGCUUGCGUUCGCCACGAGGCAUCCACCCGAAUUCCUGCGACGUGCUGGUGUGCAUUCUGGGCCCAGCACGGACCAUCGUCAUGACAUUCCCAGAUGUUGGGGCUUGGCUGGUGCGCAGGUCACGACUGAGACGCAGAAUGUUUUCAAGUCGGCGGGUGGGCAUCUGUUUGCCAUUGCUCCCCUGCUCGCAGGGCGCUUCGGCUUUGUUGAUGCAAGCUUCUCGGUGUCCACCUUGCAAACCUUGGGACAUGCCCCAUUACUGGCGCCUGGCGGACUUUACAGCCUGUGCUCGUGCAAAGAAGAUGUCGACAGUGGGCGUUUCGAAUUGUAG